UUGCAGGGUCGUAUCGCCGUAGGAGCCGACGCUGAUCUAGUAUUAUGGGAUGCAUCCGUUCGAUGGAAAUUGUCCGCCACAGAACGUCAAUCAUCUGUUGAUGCUAGUCUUUAUGAUGGACUAACGCUUCACGCACAGGCGUCUGUCACAAUAGUUGGAGGCCAAGUCGCAUGGAAAGACGGGAAAAUUCAGGAGUCUAAAGGCUCAUUUAUUCCGCUUUCAGCUAGUAGUCCAUACUUGUUUAGUGUUGUACAGCAGAGAGACAAGGUGAGUACAGCUGAAAAAGUGGAUCGAGGGGAUAAUGGUCAGGUACCUGCGAAUGGAGUGCUGCCGAAAGAUAAACGAGGCAAUCCAGAACCAGGUUAUGACAGGCCUUCA